CGUUGAUUCUGCAGUGCGCGAGGUGGGCGGCGAAUUCUGAGUAUAAGCGACAGACUGAGCGGGUUUGAAUACUUACAGAAACGGAAAUAUUACACAUUUACAUACAUUUCAAAUGUAUUUCAAUUCGCUUACAGUCUGCCGCAGUUAAGAGAGAGAAAGACGGCUGGCCAAACAGAUACUUGUAGAACUAAAGACGAAUUAAGCGCCUGUCUUUUGUUAAUCGAGGCUCGCCGGUAUUGGUAGCGCGGACGCGCGGAGGUGAAAGGACCCGCUACAGCGAGCUAGCUGAGUUAGCUAGCUCACUUAACCGAUCAUCUUCACUUAGGGACGGCGCUGACAGACUGACAGAAAAGUCGUUUGUUUGGAUGUGGACAGGUCUCCUCCUUCAGGGAAGCCAUGGUAUUGACUGGGAGGAAAUCGGAGAAGGGUCCUGUUUGCUGGAAGCGGAGAGUGAAGUCUGAGUACAUGCGACUGCGGCAGCUCAAACGUUUCAGGAGGGCAGACGAGGUCAAGAGCAUGUUCAGCUCCAACAGACAGAAGAUAUUGGAGUGUACAGAUAUAUUGAACCAGGAAUGGAAACUGAGACGGAUACAGCCUGUUCAUAUUAUGACACCUGUGAGCUCCUUGCGAGGGACUAGAGAGUGCACUGUUGACAGUGGCUUCUCUGAGUUCUCCAGACAAGUCAUUCCUCUCAAAACACUGAAUGCUGUGGCCUCUGUGCCUGUCAUGUACUCUUGGUCUCCACUCCAGCAAAACUUCAUGGUUGAAGAUGAGACUGUAUUGCACAACAUCCCUUACAUGGGUGAUGAAAUCCUUGAUCAAGAUGGCACCUUCAUUGAAGAGCUUAUUAAAAAUUAUGAUGGAAAAGUUCAUGGAGAUAGAGAGUGUGGUUUCAUAAAUGAUGAGAUCUUUGUGGAGCUAGUGUGCGCACUCAAUCAGUACAGUGAUAAUGAGGAAGAUGAUGAAGAGGAGGAUCAGCAUGAUUGCAAGUUUGAGAAGAUGGACCUCUGUGAUGGAAAAGAUGACGCUGAAGACUCUCACAAGGACCAGCUCAAUUCUGAAAGUCACAACAAUGACAGAUCAAAGAAGUUUCCCUCUGAUAAAAUCUUUGAAGCCAUUUCUUCCAUGUUUCCUGAUAAAGGUUCAACUGAAGAACUCAAAGAAAAAUAUAAAGAACUCACUGAGCAGCAGCUUCCAGGGGCUCUUCCUCCUGAAUGCACCCCCAACAUCGAUGGACCAAAUGCUAAAUCAGUGCAAAGAGAGCAGAGUCUGCACUCCUUCCAUACACUCUUCUGCAGGCGUUGCUUCAAAUACGACUGUUUCCUUCACCCUUUCCAUGCAACUCCAAACACAUACAAGCGUAAAAAUAUGGAGAAUCUGGUGGACAGCAAACCAUGUGGCAUUUAUUGUUACAUGUAUAUGGUUCAGGAUGGCAUGGUUAGGGAAUACCCAGCAGGUGUGGUUGCUGAGCGUGCCAAGACCCCUUCUAAGCGCAUAAUGGGCAGACGCAGAGGAAGACUCCCGAACAGCAACAGCAACAGCAGACCCAGCACCCCAACAGUUAACAAUGAGACUAAAGACACAGACAGUGACCGAGAGGGAGGGGCAGAUGGAACAGACUGCAACGAUAAAGAUGAUGAUGACAAAAAGGAUGAGACCACCAGCUCCUCGGAGGCGAACUCCCGCUGUCAGACUCCAGUGAAGCUGAAGUUGAGCUCAGAGCCUCCUGAGAAUGUGGACUGGAGCGGUGCUGAGGCCUCUCUCUUCAGAGUGCUCAUCGGUACUUACUAUGACAACUUCUGCGCUAUCGCCAGACUCAUCGGCACAAAGACCUGCAGACAGGUUUAUGAAUUCAGGGUAAAAGAAUCUAGCAUCAUUGCACGUGCACCUGCGGUGGAUGAAAACACUCCUCAAAGGAAGAAGAAAAGGAAACACAGAUUGUGGGCCACUCAUUGUCGGAAAAUUCAACUAAAGAAAGAUGGCUCCUCCAAUCAUGUGUACAAUUACCAGCCAUGUGACCACCCGCGCCAGCCGUGUGACAGUUCUUGCCCUUGUGUCACUGCCCAAAACUUCUGUGAGAAGUUCUGCCAGUGUAGCUCGGAAUGUCAGAACCGGUUUCCAGGCUGCCGCUGUAAGGCUCAGUGUAACACCAAGCAGUGUCCCUGUUACCUGGCCGUACGAGAGUGUGACCCUGACCUGUGCCUCACCUGUGGGGCGGCUGAACACUGGGACAGUAAAAACGUCUCCUGCAAGAACUGUAGUAUUCAGAGAGGAGCAAAGAAGCACUUGCUACUGGCUCCGUCUGAUGUGGCUGGAUGGGGAAUUUUCAUCAAAGAGCCUGUUCAGAAAAACGAGUUCAUCUCCGAGUACUGUGGGGAGAUCAUCUCCCAGGAUGAGGCAGACCGCAGAGGCAAGGUGUAUGACAAAUACAUGUGCAGCUUCCUGUUCAAUCUUAACAAUGAUUUUGUUGUUGAUGCAACUAGGAAAGGAAACAAGAUCAGGUUUGCCAACCACUCUGUGAACCCCAACUGCUAUGCAAAGGUGAUGAUGGUUAAUGGAGAUCACAGGAUUGGCAUAUUUGCUAAGAGAGCUAUACAGACUGGAGAGGAACUGUUCUUUGACUACAGAUACAGUCAAGCCGAUGCUCUGAAAUACGUAGGUAUUGAACGUGAAAUGGAAAUUCCAUAAAGCCAUCUACCUCCUUCAACAAAUGCCUUACACUCUUCAGGAAUUCUCUCUCCACAUGCAUUUCCAGUUUAGAUACAGUUUUAUAGGACACGGGCAUCUAUUUGAAAAGUUUUUAACGGUGAUAUUUUGAAGACUUCCUUUUUUUUUUAACUCGACCAUCAGGCUUACUCUGGGAUACACUUUCUGAUAAUAACUUGAACAUUCUGUCAUGUUUACAGUUGAGGUUUUAGUACAGAGCCAUUUUAUAAUGGGCCAUUGUUUUGUAUCUGGAUUGUAGUUUUUUAUUUUGGUUUAAAUUAUUUUGACAGUUUCCUCUAUACUUUUGGACCAAAUUUCACAUUUAAACCAGCUGUAAGUUUGUAAUGCAAAAACAUAUAUCAUGCAGUUAUUGUUUCAAGUUUUGUUCUUUGUGGAAACCAAAGCCACUGUCACUGCUUUGCAUGUUAAUCUCUCCAGAACCAUGGUGCAGAGGUGUUAAAUGCAUUUUCCGGUGCCAAUGCACCGUUGUUGUAAAAACAAAACAACUUGGUGAUUUAUGUGAGGGUAGACUCACCAUAUUAUUGCGGUGCCUUGAGAUGUUUAAAGAACACUGAAUAUUUUCUUGAAUUAGAUGUCCUAAAAUGUUAACUGGUGUACUCGAAUUGUAUGCAUGAACAAAGGUUUUUAAAUGGAGUGGGAUCAGGUAACUCUUCAUUCCUCACUGUACAUUGGUUUGUAAUGUUUAUCCAGACAGUUGCAGCUAUGAACUUUAGACGUCACUAAAUGUAAAGAGAUUGGAUUAAGGUGCUGUUUUUGUCCCUGGUUAUGUGAAAAAAAAAAAUCACUUUUUUUCUGAACGUGGGAUACUGUAACAUCAAAGCAAUAAUACCAGGCUUGACUCCAGAAGUCCCCUAUUUAUUUUAUGCGUGUAAACAAGUUUUAUAAUUUAUUGAUGGCUAUCAUUUGCUGUGAUUUGUCUAGUGAAUAUUAGGGAGUUACUUCUUAGGAGCUUGAUAUUUUUUGUUUUGCUCCUCUUAAUUCAUGUUUCUCUGAACCUCGUUUCUACUCUUUCUUUACUGAGGGUUUUUGACCACUCCAUCUCCAUGCCUCCGAUUACAAGGUGCUGUUCAAUUGUUUACAGGGACUUGUUAAACGUGAUAAAAUAAAUAUUGAAAAUAAUUGUCUGCUGUACUGUUUAAGCUAGAAAUUCAGAGCAAGUAUAUAAAUGAGAAAACCUAGCACUGAAAAAGCAAAAAGAAAAAUUGUUUAUUCAUGACAUUUAUAAAAUGAACUGUACUAUACAAAUGGUGCUCUCGUGGCUGGUAAUAAUGCAACUCUAAACAGCCAGUCAGACAUGAUUAUGCUCAGCGUGCUGCUGAAACGUAUCCUUAGUUAUAGGUAUUUCUGUCUGCAACCAACAGCCUUUUAAAAAAAAACAAAUCUGUCAGUUUUC